AUGACGUCUUCAGCCGGAUUUCAAGCUGCAUUCUCUGCAAACUCCAGCUCUGAGGUGGAUGACUCGGCGGCGACUCAUCUGGACCGAGUUGGUCCCGAGUUACAGCGCCAUAACAACGCCGAAGUGUUGGUGCUAGAGUUUCGGUUUUUAUCGCCACCGACCUUGAAUACCUUGUUUCGAUCUAAAGCCCAUAGAACAGUAGAGGAUGUAGAACUUGGACCAGACUGGGACCAGAAAGCCAACAGCCUGCUGCGUAAACAUUUUGGGUACUCCGGGUUGAAAAGUUUUCAAAUGGAAGCUCUUGGUGCUUGGUUUUCUCAGCAAGACUGUCUUGUUCUUGCAGCAACAGGGUCUGGGAAAUCUCUGUGCUUUCAGCUACCUGCGCUUUUGACAGGGAAGGUCGUGGUCGUGAUUUCUCCAUUGAUAAGCUUGAUGCAUGACCAGUGCUUAAAGCUAUCAAAACAUGGCAUCUCUGCAUGUUUCCUUGGAUCAGGACAACCAGAUAACACCGUUGAGAAGAAAGCAAUGAACGGCAUGUAUUCCGUUGUAUACGUUUGCCUCGAAACACUGCUUAGCUUUCACUGUCUGAUGAGGUGUAUAAUGCAUACUAAUAAGUCCACUUCAGAGGCUUGCGGAGAACCGUGGAAUAGCUUUAUUUGCCAUCGAUGAAGUACAUUGUGUUUCAAAAUGGGGACAUGACUUUAGACCUGAUUACAGGUUUCACCCUUGCU